AUGUCUGACGUUGAAGAAGUACCACAUUUGGAACCACAAAAAGAAAUCGUGGAGGAAUCUGCAAUUGAUUUAGAAACUCAAGAGAGUAUUGAUGAAAAGAAUAAAAGACAUAAAUAUAGAUUAUUGACUGGUACUUUUACGUCUGGUCAAAAAGAAGAAUAUUUACAAUUGGGUAGUGUUUCAGUGAAAUCUGAAGUUGAAGAAGUUGAUAUUUCUAAAUAUGAUCCAGAUCUUGAGGGUGAUUUUGAUCAAAAAAUAUUACAUCAAGGUGAUAUUAAUAGAGCUAGAUAUAUGCCACAGAAACCAGAUUUAAUAUCAACGAUUAAUAAUAAUGGUGAAGUUUUCAUAUUUGAUAAGACAAAACAUGCAUCACAACCAUCAGAUGAAUUUAAAUUUGAUAUUAAAUUAAGCUCACAUAAAAAGGAAGGUUUUGGUUUAAGUUGGAAUAAUCAUAAAGAAGGACAAUUAUUAACUUGUUCAAUUGAUGGAUCAACAAAACUUUGGGAUAUUACAAAAUUUAGUAAAAAAACUAAAAUAAUAGACUCACCUGUUCAUGAUUACAAGACAGAUUCACAAGGAACAAAUGAUGUUUCUUGGUUACCUCAACAUGAUUCAAUUUUCAGUUCUGUUGGUGAAGAUAAUAUUAUUAAAAUUUUCGAUACAAGAACAAAUGAGAUCAUUAAAAGCAGCAAUAUUAAAUCACAUGCUGGUGGUAUUAAUGGAUUAAGUUUUAAUUUACAUAAUGAAUAUUGCCUUUCAACAGCUGAUUCAAAUGGUAUUAUAAAUAUUUGGGAUAUUAGAGAUUUAGAAACCUCAAUAUUUAGUAUAAAUGGUCAUGAAGGUUCAAUUUCAACAUUACAAUUCAAUCCAAAUAAACCACAAAUAUUAGCUACAGCAGGUUCAGAGGAUAAUUUUGUUAAAUUAUGGGAUUUAGGGAAACCUGAAAAUGAUCAAUUAAUCUUCUUACAUGGUGGUCAUAUGCUUGGUAUAAAUGAUAUUUCAUGGAAUCCUCAUGAUACUUGGAUGAUUAGUUCAGUUUCUAAUGAUAAUACUUUACAAAUAUGGAAACCAUCUCAAAAGAUAAUAUGA